AUGUUAGAACUGCGUCGCUAUUGGCUCCAGCCCGUGUUUUUCCGAAUUCCACAUGGCGGCUACGAAGGGAUUCCGUGUGAAUCUGAACGCACAGCUCAUCUCCUCGAUAUGACUGGCAUUGGUGACUCGCGCGUCGGUGAUCCACUCAUACGAUUAGGCCUAAAAUUGCGACAUACCGACGUUCUCAUUUUAAGUCAAUUUCUUCGACCUGACGGAACAAUCCUUCCUCGAGAGAUUUCUGGAUUGACAAUGAGUUCCCAGCGUCAUCUUGAGAUGCUCAUUGAAAGGGCCCAGAACGCAGGGCUCCUUCCAAUAUCGAUCGACGCCAAUGGGAAGCACACGUACAAGGAACGAGGACCGCACGUGUAUAACGUCUACUAUGAUAGCGACAUAAUAGGUUUGCCAAAAAUUUCCAAGAUCACUCCCAAAUACAAGCAACCGGCCUGA